AUGGCAGAUCCAAUCUUUUCAAAAUUGUCAGAAGAGCUGGUGACGCAUAUCCUUUCAAGGCUGCCUCCCAAAUCUCUCAUGCGAUUCAAAUGCAUCCGCAAGUCGUGGUCUCUUUUGAUCACUACCCCACAGUUUGUAGAAAUGCACCUCUCCAACUUCAGUUCCACUCGACACCAAAUCUCCACCACCAUCCUUUUCAAGCAUUUUAUCCUCACAGACGUCAACACAGACCAAAAGGAACUCCUUUUCUCGAUGUUUAAUCUCCGCACUGAUGAUGUUGACAAUGAUGAUGAUAUGGACGGUGGCGAUGAUCACCUCCGUCCCGUUUUCGAGGACCUCGAAGUUUCUUGUUUUCGAGGUGUAGACACAGGGGGAGAGUUUUAUAGGGUUGGCGUGGACAUUUCAAGCCAUUGUGAUGGGAUCGUUUGUCUGACUGAUUUCCACAAAAAGGUGGCCUUAUGCAACCCGGCCAUCAGAGAAUUCAAGCUUCUUCCUGAAUCAGAAGUUCUUCUUUCUUCCCCGGAAGAAGUGGCCAUACUUGGGGUAGGGUUGGGGCGUGAUCUCAAGCAUUCUAAGAAUUAUAAAGUCGUCCGGCUUGUGACUUAUGGAGACAAAAAGGUCGACGACGAUCGUUUCGUUGUUCAUCCUCCGAGAGCAGAAGUGUUCACCCUGCAGGGUUCAGAUUCGUGGAAAGAGAUCGAAAUCGGGAACAUAGUGACGAAAACCGGAUUCUUUUUGCCUCAGCAUGCUGUGUCUGUGUACUGCAAGGGUGUUGUUUAUUGGCCUGCAACAGAUAAGGACAGGGAGUACGUCGUCAGCUAUAAUUAUACAGACGAUGAGUAUGAUUACUGCGAGGAAAACGAGGGCGAAGACGACGAAGACAACCCUGAAAACAACGAGCGGCUGGCGAGGGAGGAGGAGGAGAGGAAGGAAAGGGACAUGAAAGCAGGAAUUCUUUCGUUCGACUUUGGUGAAGAGGUGUUUGAUAUUAUACCGUAUCCUCCCGAUGUAGGGUAUUAUGAGAGCAAGAUUUUUGGGGUGUGGAAGGAAAGCGUUGCUAUAUUUAUUUAUGCGUCAAUGCCAGAUUGCUUUGACAUAUGGGUGAUGGAUGAGAGUAAGGAGAAGGGUUCCUGGACAAAAUACUUAACCUUUGAGCUGGAAAAGCCAUUGUUCCCGUUGGCGUUGUGGAAGAGCGAGGAAGUUAUUAUGGUGGCCAGGGAUGAUGUUGUGCUAAUUUUCUACAACCUUGAAACCAGAAAGUUUAAGUAUCUUCCUCUUAAUGGUGUGUUUUUUGAUCGAACUCAAGCUGUUGUUUGUGCCAGCACUUUGGUUUCGAUCCGGGGAGACAAACAAACUCAGUAG